UUGCUCAUUAACAGAAGAAAACAAAAUCCAUUCUCGAAAGAAAAAUCGUUCUCCUUUUCAAGAAAAAUCCCAAUCUCUUCUAAUCCCAGCCAUGGAAAACCCCUUCUUCAGAAAUUACUACAAUGCCACUCGCCCACGCUUCUCUUCAAACCCUCGCUUCUCCUCCCAAAGCCCUAGAUCGAUCCCCGUCCAUCAGGAGGAGCAGCAGCAGCAGCAGCGAUCGAAGCCCUCGCCGUCCUCGAAGAUCGUCUCGAUCCCUGUUCAUUUCGUUGGAUCGGAAAAAACCAGAUCGGCCUCGGCCGUCAAGAUCCAGAAGGUCUUCCGGGGCUUCGUGGUACGGAAGAACGUGAAGAAGAUGGUAAAGAUACGAUCAGAAGCAUGCAAGAUCGAACGGAGGAUCGCGGACACGAAGGAUCUCAUCCUUUCAGAUGUGAAGGAGCGGCUGAGAGUGAAUGAAAUGCUGAUGUCUCUGCUUCUUCAGUUGGAUUCGGUUCGAGGAGUUGAUUCAGGUGUGAGGGAAUUCCGGAAGGCGGUGAUACGCAAGGUCAUUGUCUUGCAGGAAGCCGUUGAUGCGAUAGUCGCUCUCCCAGACACGGAGAAGAAAGAUCAAGCCGUAGAAAUGUCAGAUUCUGCAGAUUCUUUAGGUAAUCGGGAAACUGCCACUGAUUCCAUUGAUCAAACCCUAGAAAUGCAAAAUAUUGCAGAAGCGCCAGAUAAUUUCAAUUCUGUGGCCCCAGCGGCUGAUGAUCUAACCAUAGAAAUGCAAGAUUCUGUUUUCCCGUCUGACAAUUGCGACUCUGUGGUGGAAGCUGUUGUUGAUCUAACCCCAGAAAUGAAAGAGUCUGUUGAUUCUAUAGAUAAUUGCCGAUCUGCUGAUCAAUCCCAAGAAGAGCAGGAUCCUGUUGAAUCUGCAGAGAAUUGUGGUAUUCCAUCCGAUUCCAACAGUCAAAUUCCACAGAUUCAAUCCCUUGCAGAACCUACUGAGGAUGAUGGAAAUCUGUCCAUCGGCCGCGUCAGUCACCUCAAAGAAGCCCAUGAUCUUGUCGAAUCUGUACAGAAUUCUAGGGAUCUUGUCGAGUCAUUUGAUAAUUGCAAAUCUGUAGCUGAAGCCGACAAUGAAGGACAGGAAUGCUCUGUAGAUCCUACCGAAGAAACCCCAGUAGAAGCUGAUAUGAAGCCAUGUGAAAGCAAACACGAAGAAGAAAUUCCCCAAGUGGAGAAUCCGGCGGAAUCAGUGGAGAACGACCCAACUCCGGAAGUCCAUGAUGCCAUGGAAAUCCAAGGAAGUGAUGUGUCCCACCCAAAUCAAGAUGGGAAGAGCUGUGAUAGUAGCAGUGGUGUGAUGCUGAGUAUGAUGGAGAGGCUGAUGGAGGAGAAUUGCAAACUGAAGGGUUUGGUAACAGAGCUAUGUGAGAGGAAUGUGGUGCAGAAUCGGCUGAUGAACUCUCUCUCACACAGGGUGGAGCAGCUGGAGAGGGUUGUCUCAAGGAGUGAGCGGAUGCGGUUGAAGAAGAAGAAGAGGCAGGCGGCAGCGGCGGUUGAGAGAUCGGAGAUGGCUGCUGAGACUAGGAGAUGUGGUAGGAGAUUGUGAGGUGUGUUUUAGAUCAUUUGAGGUUCUGUACAGUGGCAUCUCGAAUCAGUUGUACCGUGAACAGAAUCGGACAGAGUGUUUGUAAUGUGGAGUUGCAAUGGAAAAUAAUGAGAUUUUCUCAUGUUUCUCACCUCUUUGGAAAAUAAUUAGAUUUAUGGUGUGUAAUUGCUGCAAAUUUUAUAAUGAUUGAAUGGAUUCGUACAA